CCCAAACAAUGUGGCGGAGACCAUGGAAAGUGGAAAGCUGAUGCUGUCCUCCUCGAAUUAAUAAAAUAAAAUGCACGGAUAUUGCUUGUGAAUCCUGCGGUUAUCAUAUAUAGGUGUAUAACUUAACUAGCGUUGAAAGGGACCAACCCAUGGCUACCAUAGAUUCCCUUAUGAGCUUGUGUGCUUUUAGCGUUGCUCAGCGUGCUGAGAAAUAUGAAGACAUCAGAAUGUUGCCUGCUGCCGUUAAAGACAGAUUAUUGCGAAUAAUGACGUCUUAUGGUACAGUCACCGACUCAAACAUCAGCCAGCUCGUACACACUGGAACUCACACACUGGAUCUGCAGAACUGCAAAAUUUCAGAUUCUGCCCUUAAACAAAUCAACAGUUUACAUUUGAGGACAAUACUGCUCAGGGGAUGUGCAGAAAUCACAUCUGAAGGUCUAGAAGCGUUGGCACCCCGCUGCCCUUAUCUUCAGGUGGUUGAUCUCACGGGCUGCACAGCAGUGACAGAUUCAGGGAUUCAGGCUCUGGCUCAACACUGCAAAGGUUUAGAAGUCAUUUCUCUGCGCGGCUGCUCUGCUCUCAGUGAUAAAGCCCUGCUGGAGCUGGGGGGAAACUGCAAGAUGCUGCACAGCAUUUACUUCUCUGGGACAGAGGUAACCGAUCCGGGAGUUAUUGGACUUGCAACUGGAGUUUGUUCAUGUAGUCUGAAGGAGUUACAGAUGGUACGAUGUCGCAAUUUGACUGAUCUGGCUGUGACUGCUGUCCUUACCAACUGCGCUAACAUCCGAAUUUUCAAUUUCCAUGGAUGUCCCUUGAUUACAGAUAAAUCAAGAGAGGCGCUACAAAACCUUAUUGGUCCCAACAAAAUCCAACAAGUGUCUUGGACUGUGUACUAAUGUCCUUUACAGUGAUUAACGGAGGUGAAGUACAGCACAUUCACUUUAGUGUCAUAAAUGUAUUGCACUUAUUGAGUCAUAUAAACAUAAUCCAAAUGCCAAGUUUUUCUAUUUAAAUCUUCAGUCUUUGAGGUGAAAUGAUUAAAUCGAUGCAUUUUACAGCAUUACUGCAUGUACUGGUGUUUUAUUGUAAAUGUGAGCUUAAUGCAUUUAACAGGUUUGAUUA